UCCCUGAAAUCUGAUGCCUGAGGCACGAUGUCACGGCUAUUCCCGCGUCCACGCAAAUUCCGCCAAGACCAGCAAUUUUCGAAAUCCACAACCUCGCUGGAUUUGCAACACACACGCGACAUCCUCACCUCCCACGACACACUCAUUGCACCCGGUGAAGCUACCAACCGUAAUCUUCACCAACCGCAAACAUGGGUAUCUCCCGUGACUCCCGUCACAAGCGCAGCGCCUCCGGUGCUAAGCGCGCACACUACCGCAAGAAGAGGGCUUUCGAGAAGGGCCGUCAGCCGGCCAACACCCGUAUCGGCGCGAAACGCAUCCAUCUCGUGCGCACGCGCGGCGGCAACCGCAAGUUCCGCGCGCUGCGUCUCGACUCCGGCAACUUCGCCUGGGGCAGCGAGGGCAUCACGCGCAAAGUGCGUGUCAUCGGCGUCGCCUUCCACCCCUCCAACAACGAACUCAUCCGCACAAACACCCUGACCAAGGCGGCCGUCAUCCAAAUCGACGCCAGCCCGUUCCGUCAAUGGUGGGAGGCGCACUACGGCCAGCCGCUGGGCAGGAGACGGCAGCAGAAGACGGAGGGCGAGGACGAGAAGAAGAGCAAGAGCGUCGAGGCCAAGCAGGCGGAGCGGUUCAAGAAGGGCGGCAAGGUCGACCCGGCGCUCGAGAGGCAGUUUGAGGCUUCGCGUCUCUACGCCGUCGUUGCUAGCCGUCCGGGCCAGAGCGGUCGUUGCGAUGGUUACGUGCUCGAGGGUGAGGAGCUUGCUUUCUACCAGCGUGCCAUCAGGAGAUAGACGUGGACUUGGUGUGGGAUGUGGCUGUCUUUCAGCUUUCGUUCGAGGGCGGAUAGGGCGUUGAUGUGCAGCGCUUGCAUGGUCUCGCUGCUGCAGUGAAACGUAGGCAGGAAGCUGCAAAAACAGACGAAUGUCAAAACUUUCAACUACUCAUCCACUUCUACCGUC